AUGUCGAGUUCCGACGAAGAUUCAGUCUCAUACAUUCGUAAAUAUACAAUAGAUGCCGAAGUCUUAAACACUUUCAUGACUUUCGUUGACGAAGAAGAAGAAGCAGAGAGCUCGAGAAUAGCAAUGACACCAAAAAUACCAAGAAGAAAAAUACCCAGAAACCAUGUGGAAGCCGCCACACGUUUAUAUAAUCAUUACUUUGCCCCGCACCCCGUUUACCCUGCUGAUUAUUUUAGAAGGCGUUUUCGAAUGCCUAAAGAAAUGUUUCUCCGUAUAGUGAACGAUAUACAUCACUUUGACGCCAUACAACCAUUACCAAAACACUUUGCAUUCUUCCACAAAGCUGCAGCCGACGCUUCGGGUCGUCCGGCGUUAAAUAUUUUUCAAAAAUGUACUUCUGCUAUAUGGCGACUAGCUUAUGCUGCUACUGCCGACCAAUUAGAUGAAUACCUUGAAAUGGGUUCUCAAACAUCUGCCGAUUCGUUGAACAACUUCUGCAAAUAUGAUGUUCAAUUAUAUCACGCAAAGUUUUUGAGGAAACCGACACAAGAAAAUGUUGACCGCUUAACCGCUAAACACGAGGCGGUGCAUGGUUUUCCGGGUAUGCUUGGAAGCGUUGAUUGUAUGCACUGA